AUAUCCCUUCCUCCUGCUCUGUCAUGUAUGCUUGAUGUUCAGAGAAGUGUUUUGCAAUUUCCAGUGGGCUGGAGAGACGGUAAUGGCAUCAUAACGCUGGGAACAGUUGUUUGGUAUAACAGCUUCCCCAGAGCUGCAGGAAAACCAUAGUGCUGCCUGAAUAGUCAUAUGUAUGUAGAAAUACAGGCUGUGUGCUUCUUAUAGCAGGUGGAAAAGUAAAAGGGGCGAGAAUUUUGAGGAAAUGCAGAAAGACUGGCGUAUAUUGCUGCUAGAGGGGACUUUACUUCUCUUGCUGGUCAAAGAUGCCCAGGCUUGUCACAUUACUAUAGAUUCUUCUGUAAUUCAGCUUGGUUCCCCUCUGUUGGCUUCUUGCUCAUCCUAUUGCCCUCAGAUCGGAAGAGGAGCAGUGGUAUGGAAGCUGGACAAUGAACUUCUGUCUGAGGCUCACGUGAAUGUUCACGGAAACACUUCAUCUGUGUAUAUCAAAAGCUUCAACAAAACUUCAGGACUUCUUCAAUGUUAUGUGGACAACAGUGAAGGACUCCUCCAGUUAAUGGAUGCAGUUCUCAUUAGAGCUGGCUAUCCACCAUCUCCACCCACCAACCUGAGCUGUUUUAUGAAGCCUUCAGAUAAUACCGUGACCUGCACAUGGCUGCCUGGUGAAGACUCCCUCUUAACAACCAAUGUCACACUUUCAGUUUUCAGGUCUGUGGAACAGUGUGUGAUGCCCACAAAGAGUGAAUUUAACUGCACUCCCUUAAUGAGACAGAAUUUAUGCACCAUUUCCCGUGCCAACUAUCAUUUUAGCAGGAAACUUGCAGUAUGGGUCACUGUAAAAAAUGAGCUGGGCUCUGCUACCUCUGAUCCUCUUUGUUUCAUUCCACAAAAAGAAGUGAAGCUUGAUCCCGUUGUCUUUACCGAAGCAAAAGCCACAACUGGAGGCUGUAUUAAGUUGAAAUGGACAUAUGGUAAAGCUAGUUUUGUAAAUAACUUGAAAUGUCAGCUGCGCUACAGAAAUGAAUUUCAGACAGAAUGGGCCAAGCUUGUAGAAGUAUCUUCAGAUGAGACAAACCAAUGUGGACUGUUGGGCGCUACAAAGUAUAACUUCGAGAUUCGCUGUAUUCGUAAAACUCUAUCUGGUCAGUGGAGUGACUGGGGGCCAUCAAUCAGUCAGAUCACAUCUGAAUCAGUACCUACUGGUACACUCGAGACUUGGUGGAAGAUACUGGAGACUGCAGAGGACAGUUCAAUGAAGAUUCAACUAUUUUGGAAGCCAAUGAAAAAAGAGGAGGCCAACACCAAACAUCUCUCAUAUAUUGUGAAGGAACCUACCGAUCUUCUUCAACAAGACACUCUAUUAUGCAAUACAACGAAUCUCAGCUGUACAUUUUCUCUCCCUCUUGGUAAAAAGAGAGCAUUUAUCUGGGCUCAAAAUACAAUUGGAGCUUCUCCAAAAAAAGAGAUCAUCUUCUUUGCAAAAAAUGGAGAUCCAGUUCGUAAAAUGUAUGUGUCGCCUAAUGAUGAUUACAGCCUAAGAGUGGAGUGGGAAGCACAAGUUUCAGCUAUAGCCUAUGUGUUGGAAUGGUGUAAAAGUGCUCAGCUGCCCAGCCGUGAAAUUCAUUGGAAAACUGAGUUUAAAGGAAGCACUCACUCAAUUCUGCAUGACAAUAUUGAGCCUUACCAGAUGUACACGGUUACACUGUACCCUGUGUAUAAUGACAGCAUUGGAACAUCUGUUCAAAAUAAUGUCUAUUCCAAAGAAGGAGCACCAGCCUUUUCACCAGAACUCAAACCUGUGAGUGUUGAUGAGUCACAAGUAGAGGUGCAGUGGGAACCAAUUCCUCUGGAGAAACGCAAUGGCUUCAUUACCAGCUAUACUGUUUUUUGGAGAGACCCCAAUGGCAUAGAAGACUUUUCAACAGUACAAGGCACAGUUACAAGAUUCAAGAUAAAAAAUAUUCUCCCUUUCACAACAUACCAAGUGUUUUUAAGAAGUUCUACGGCUGGAGGCAGUGUGAAUGGUACCUUACUAAUUGUUAACACCGCUGUGCCAGGUAAACCAGACAACACUAUAAUGCUCCUGGUUCUAUUUCCGGUUUUAUUUCUGGUGACCAUUCUUGUCUUUAUCAUCUGUAUAAUGAAACAUGACAGAAUGAAGAAUCAACUCUGGCCAACAGUUCCAGAUCCAGCAAAAAGCCGUAUGGGCAAAUGGACCUCUUCCAUGGAGGAGACGCCUAGAUUAAUGGUUAACCCCACUGAUAUUUCUCAGUUCUUAACAAGUGAUAUAUCCAUUGUAGAGGGAUUGCAAGGAAAGAAACCGCUCACUGAAAGUCAUACUAAAGAGACACCUGUGACCAAGACAAAUGAAAGAAAUAAUUGGAGGUUCUAUGUAAAUACGGAUACUGUUCAGUAUGCUCAGGUGAUCACUGGAAGCUACCGCGAACAAAGCCCUCCAACCUCUAUCUAUGUGAGGUCUGACUCCACACAACCACUCUUGUGUGAUGUGUCUCCCAGUCCCCAAAAUUAUGAGAACAUGUGGUUUCACAGCCAACACCAAGAAGACAGUGUGUUCUUGGUGGAAGAAGAAAAUGUGAUGGAUUUCCCUCUUCUCCAUGCUUUAGAAAUCCAUGAGAAUGAUGAAAGCUUUCAUUUGUUUAACUGAGUGUUUCAGAUGUUGUUAUAUUGAAAAUGCAUUAAAAAAAAGCUAAAUAUCUCAUCACAUAAUCAUGCAUUGGACAGUAUAGCACACACUGUACAUAUUGCUCAUGGCACAUCAAAAUAUAUCUGAUAUAUGCUACCGUAUGUAUAAGCUCAUAGACUUGGGUUGUGAGAAAAAGCAGGACAGUACUGCAAAACGGGAAGCAGAGCUAAUGCAUGUCAUGAUCAAAUAUGGCUGCCACAUGGACAUGCAUGAUGACAAACUAUAAAUAGAAGGAAGGGUUUUUUUUUUUACUUUAAAACAUGUUGAUAAAAUAAGUUGCAUUAGGCUGAACCCUUUCUACAUGUAAGUAACCCCUUCCUUCCCUUUAAAUCAAAUACCAGCCACUAGUAAAAAAGGCCCGGAGGCCAUAAUGUUUUCUUGGCUAGUUAGUAGCAAAAAAUAUGAUUGCUAUCAAGAAGUCAGUCUUCUAAAAUGAGUCAUGGGACUAAAAGAUUAGUAAAUUAUCAGGAUUUGUAAGAUGGUGGCAUUCAUUGUGGUGCUCUGAGGCUAAUAUGAGAGAUUUAUGGUGUAUUAUAACAGCAGGAGUUUUUUUUUUUUUUUUAGCUAAUCUGUGAAAAAUUCAUGACAAUACUAUGUUACUUUUUUUUAUAGAUAACUAUUACUUUGCAAAUAUGCUGAUUAUGGCACACAACAAUUAAAGCUAUUCUUUUUAA